GCCGGAUAUGACGAAUUUGCAAGAAAAAUUACCGACCCGGCUGGUAGUUGGACAGGCAUCUUCAAAGACAAUGGUUGAUGCAUCACUCAAUAUCUUCUCUGGUGAUCAAGAUAAUGCAUAUUGUUUCAGUGUCUUCAGUGAUUAAAUUCAACAAAAGAAUCCCUUUAUAAGCUUCCAUGAAGUUCAGCUGCUGCCUGUUGAUUGUGGUUCUUAACCUCAGUGUUUUUGCUCAAGAAAAUGUUACUUCCAACCUGACAUUUACUGUGGGAUCAAGGCCCCUGCCUCUCAACAUAUCAGUUCUCCCUAUCUUUCAAGUCUUGACAAAAUAUCCAGUUCCUCAGAAUAUCAUAGCAAAAGAAGGUACCUGUGUUUUCAUUGAAUGUAAUUUGAACAUUAGCCAGCAGGACACCAUAUUCUGGUACAACUCAAAGGGGCAUCUUCUGGAGCAAGGUGGAAGAGAUGGAAGACUGGUGAUUUCUGACAAUAUCCUCAAUAUCACAGGUGUAAUAUUUGCUGACCGGGGACGAUAUACUUGCAGUGUCACAAAUGAAAAUGGCACCUCUUAUUAUUCAAUCACCCUCAGAGUGGUCUCCACCUCUGGAGACAUGGGCAUUUAUUACAUGAUUGUCUGCCUAGUUGCUUUUACCAUCAUCCUUAUCUUAAAUAUUACACGCCUGUGCAUGAUGAGCAGCCAUCUUCGUAAAACAGAGAAAGCCAUCAAUGAGUUCUUCAGAACUGAAGGGGCUGAGAAACUACAGAAGGCUUUUGAAAUAGCCAAACGCAUUCCUAUUAUUACCUCUGCCAAAACUCUAGAGCUGGCCAAAGUCACCCAGUUUAAAACCAUGGAAUUUGCUCGAUACAUUGAAGAACUUGCCAGAAGUAUCCCUCUACCACCUCUAAUCCUUAACUGCAGGGCCUUUAUGGAAGAAAUAUUUGAAGCUGUGCAUGUUGAUGACCCUGAUGAAGUAGGAGAUGGAGUGAAACAGACCCAAGCACUUGGUGCCCAAGAGGGACUGUAUCCCUCAAACCCAGAAAUAAAGCGCAGUAAUUCACCAGCAGGAGAUUCAGAUGAUGGUUCAGUGAAUGACCACUGCAAAGAAAUAGCUGUGGAGGUAUCUGUCCAUCUUCAGUCAGAAGCACAAAGCAUUGAUACUGUUUCUCACGAUAGUGUCCCCUCCCUGCCAUCAGAGGAUGGUCUGAGGGCUGAAUCCAAAUAGAAUAGCAAAGCUACUUGUAUGAUGUUCCUUCUGAUUUGGGAGAAUGCUCUCAAAGAGAAAAGGGAAAAUGCCACCAUAGUCUCAGAUGCAUGAUCCCUGUUUGUUUUUUGUUUUAACUUUUGUUAGGUGACUGUAAAAUCAGCGUAGAUGAAGUUAUUUUAAAAUUCUUAUUAUGACUAAUCUUAGAAGUAUUUUGCAGCAAGAAAUCCUUUCUAUCAAUUAUUGAUUACUCCAGUUAUAACAGAGUGGACAAACUUUUGUUGGCUGGUGUAGUACAGUUUAUUAUAUUUGUGAGAGAAAGAUUGCAGCAAAGGGGGCACCGAUGGCAUGAUACCAUGAAAAAUAACGGGAUUUUGUGAGACACCCCACCCCCCCCCCAUUUUCAGUGAGCUAAGACUAAAAGAGGUACACACCUUUGCUUGCCCCUAAAAACUAAAAUGAAGGCUGAUGAGUUAUCUGUUCAUGAGAUACAGCAAAGUAAUACAUUGAUAUAAAUCGUUUUUGUCAUGUCUACCCAGAAAUUUAAAUUCUUAUAUGUGCUCAGUUCUUUUAUUAAAAGAACUUCUUUUAUUACAGUUCACAAGUGU